AUGCCAAGACGUCCAUGCCGCACCUUUAAUACGGACAGCGCUUUCCGCUUGCGGCAUCUACUGCAACCAUUGUCGUUACGUGCUGACGGUCGCACAUGCAGUUAUACUUCUCUGUCUGCCCAGUCUACUUCUCGUAUGUACACUCGCAAACAGAAACAGACAUACAGACAUCCGCUAACAUUGACCAUCUUGACUGUCAUUUUUUCGAAAAUCAAGCCAAUUGUUCGAGAAGUGUCUGUCGGAACUGCAGCGGAAGUGUGA